AGAGCAUCUACAGUUUUUGUUUCAAGCGAACUGCAGCUGCAUCGUUGCACACGUUCCACCGGAUGGUAGAAUUUUUCCUGCUCGCUUUUAUUGUGCUCUCCAAGUGCAAGUGGGAAGAUUUUUUUCUAAUUAUCUCGAAGCUCACCCUCACCUGACAUCAAAUCGGUGGCUAUUCUAGGGAACUCAACAUCCUUGAAGCGGACAAACGAUCCUGGUUUUAUUGCAGAAGUUAACAAAAUAAAAAAGCAUCGUAAAGCAAAACAACCAAAUCUAAAAAAGAAAAGUCACGGGAAAUACGAAGAUCUAUAAGGGCUAGCAGCAAUGGUAACGACUUUGCUUCUGCUUUUUCUGGUUGGAGUUAUCAACUGCCAAGAGCCAAGACGAGAUGCCAAUUAUCCUCCACCGGAACUUCUAGAGAAAAUGAAACCAAUGCACGAUGCUUGCGUAGCUGAAACUGGUGCAUCCGAAGACGCUAUAAAACGGUUCAGUGACCAAGAAAUACACGAAGAUGAUAACCUGAAGUGUUACAUGAACUGUCUCUUCCACAAGGCAGGUGUUGUCAAUGAUAACGGAGAAUUUCAUUACGUGAAGAUACAGGAUUUCUUACCGGAAUCAAUGCACCUCAUUACGUUAAACUGGUUCAAACGAUGUCUCUAUCCGCAAGGGGAUAACUUGUGUGAAAAAGCCUUCUGGCUCAAUAAGUGCUGGAAAGAGAGGGAUCCUGUGCACUACUUUUUACCCUAAUCGGCAUAAUUGUUGAGUUGGAACUAUCAAUCAUAAACAUUUGUUACAAAACUAUAGAAGAAGGUGACAAUAUAUCAGGACAUAAGAAAACAUAACAACAACAUAUUUUUAUGAAAGUU